AUGGUGAAGUAUGAAGAGCUAUUAGCAAGUUUCAAUCAGCUGCAACUUCAGAAGAAGUCUAUUCAGGAGCAUAUGCAGAAUGAAUCCUCAGAGGCAACCAUUCUUGUAGCACAACUUAAGGUCUGUAUUAAUUGAACAUGUGUUGCUGUUUGUAUACAAUACUUUAGCAGUUUGUUGAUAAUUCAUGAUGUUGUAAUCUGGAUAUUUUUCCCUCAUUCAGGAGAGCGAGGCAAAAGAGAUGAAGAUGAAGAAGGAAAUGGAAAAACUCCAGGAAGAAAACCACCAAUUACAGUCAGUUAGAGUUAAUUGUUUAUACAUUAUAGUAAUUAUACAAUUCAGCAAUAUUUUUUCUAAAUCAUUCACCUUUACUUAACCAUAGAGAGGACUUGAAAUCCUUAAAUGUCAGAGUUGAAGAGCAAGGUCAAGAGACUGAGACUCUGCAGAAGAAACUUGAAUAAAGUGUAAGCAAAUCAACUCAGUUUAAAACAGUUUUUCAAAAAAAUGAUAUGGCCAUGUAAAUGUAAAUGUCCAAAUUUAAAUGCACGUCUGUUUUAUUCUAUAUUCAAACUGAGUGAUAAGUGAUAAUAAAUAAAAUUGACUAUUUUCUCUUGUACUUUUUUAUAGUGUGGAGAUCUGCAGGCUGAGCUCUCAAAAAAGGUGAUUAAGAAAGUCAUCGGCUACACUUUGAUUAUUUUGUCUUUAAUUAUCUUAUCAAAUACUUAGUUUUUCCCUCUAGAUAUCCAACCUGAAGAUAAAAUUAGUGAGUAAAACUAAAGUCCAGGACGAAUAACAAAAAUACUUUUUUGUUGACUCAAAAAAUGAAUGAAAAAUGACUGAUACAGUAUAUAAACACUUUCAGCUUUCUUUAACCUCGUGUUUUUCAUUUACUUGUUUGUUUUUCAUUUACUUGUUUGUUUUUCAUUUACUUGUUUGUAAAAACAAAUUGCAAUUGAGACAGCAAAAUCCAGUGAACUUGAAAAUGAGGUACUCCAUGGCUUUAAAUGAUAAUUUACAAGAAAAGUGCAACAUUUUAAUGCAGUUGUGAUGCAGCUUUUUGGUUUGUUUUUAUAAACACAUUGAAAGAGGAGUCAGAAAAUCUUCAGCAGUCAAAUGAAGAGGAAUGUAAAAGAUUGCUUGAUGACCUUGGAACCAAAUCAACAUCUGAGGCAGAGCUUCAGAAAAAGGUGCUUAUUGGAAGUGAAUAAUAUGGCACAUUUUCAGCUUCUGGUAGAUGUGGCAGAAUACGUACUACAUACCUUGAUCCCUGCAGGUAACAAAGCUACAUCUUACAGCUACAAAGGCCAUCAACAGUAAGGAAGAUGCCGAAAUAAAAUGUCAGAACAAGAUAGCAGACAUGGUUGCCUUGAUGGAAAAGCACAAGGUAAAGUUAUCUGUUCGUCGAUAUCCACAGAUUACACCAACACCGCUGCCAUCUUGAAUGUUGUAUGGAAUGCUCUCCAUGUGUGUUUGUUAACAUUUUGUUCUCUGUUGGUAUCAGAACCAGUAUGACAAAAUGGUUGAAGAGAAAGAUACAGAGCUUGAUGAGAAGAAGCGAAAAGACAUGGAGGCAACUGCUAAUAAAACAUCACUAGUAUGAUACAUGAUAGUCACAGGAGGUUGGUGGCACCUUCAUUGGGGAGGAUGGGCUCGUGGUAAUGGCUGGAGUGGAAAAAUUGGAAUGGUAUCAUGCCAGUGAUGUUUUAUUAGCAGUUGCCUCCAUGUCUUUUCUCUUCUUCUCAUCAAGGCAUGGUUUGAUGCCAUUCCAUUCGCUCUGUUCCAGACAUUAUUAUGUGCCGUCUUCCCCUCCACUGAUGAUAGUAUAGAAAUACAAAUGAGAUUGUAUUAACUGUGAGUAUUUCAGCAGGGUGUUAUAGCUCUGCUUUUUGGAUAUUUUUCUGAUUUUUCCAAAGGAAUUGGAGCUGUCACAGCAGAACAUUGAGAAUGGUCGUUUGAAGGAACAACUAGAGAAAGAAAUGAAGGAGAGGGUAAGUGUGUCAUGUCCCAUGUCAUGCACCAUGCUGACAAAGCUGUGUAUAGAGACAGAUGUAGUCUAUUGACUCAGUCAUGAAGUCAUGUUGGGUUGUAGGAAAGCUUACUACAAGAGGUUAAAGACCUGAAAAAAGAGAUGACAUCUCAGAAAACAAGGAGGCAACUGGAGACACAGGAUAAACAGGUAGAUAAUCAGGUAUCUGAGCAUCAGAACACCAGUUUGUGUUGUUUAAAAGUGUCUUGACAAAAACUGUUGUUUUUCCUUUUUUAUAUUUACAAAUUAGCUGCCUGAGCCAAAGUCCAAAGAAGUUGCUCUUUCGCCAAGAUGCCUUUGUUCCAUUUGGCAAAGGAGAGUCACAGAUAUACGAAAACUCAGAAAGCCUCUGA